CUCACUUGGUCUAGGGGCAACAACAGUUUGUUAGCUCUAGUUCUGUUAGGUUGUUUUGUGGUAAGCAAUGUGGAGGAGGUUUUGGCAGUCACGGAGGCAGUUUUGGCUACCGUUGCUAACUGUGGAGGUUGUGUUACUACUAAAGCUGGUUCUAGGCUGUCCUGUUACUGUAUGUCCCCCAUGUGGUAACAAUGAUACAAAUAGCAGCGAGUUAUCAGAUGGUAAAUCCCAGGGCCGUGAAUCCCAGUCCCUCCAAGACCCAGGCGCCUCAACGAUGGUACCCACCCCCUCCCCGGAUCUCUUUACCCCCAUGGGCCAGACACCCGACCCCUCACAAGCCUCGUCAUCCGCCUCAAGUGCACCAUUCCCAUACCCAUCAUCAGCACCAACAGGUGCCCACGAUGACCCAGCGUCUAAUUCAACCUCAGUCACAACGACAACAGACAACAUCAGCUCACAAAGUACGCCACCAGCAGCGGACAACAUCGACAUCCCCAGCUCAUCAUCGCCAACAGCGACAACCGCCACGAAGCUCAGUGACUCCAACACGUCGUAUACCACAGUUACGGGAAACACAGUUAUGAAAAGUGGAAUUGAAAUCUGCCUGGACCCUGACUGUGUGAAAGCUUCAGCUAGACUAAUGUCCUCAAUGAACCCACAUGCUAACCCUUGCGACGACUUCUUUGAGUACGCCUGUGGCACAUGGAACAAGCUUAAUGUCAUCCCUGAAGACAAGCCUAGUUACAACACAUUUUCUAAACUCAGAGAUGACCUCCAGGUGGUUUUAAAAGAGCUACUGGAGGUACGCAUAUCACCAGAUGAAGGCGAAGCAACUAAGAAGGCUAAAUACCUGUACCAGUCAUGUGUGAAUGAAACCCUGAUAGAGUCUAGAGGUUUGGCCCCUUUGCUCGCUCUGCUUCGUCAGCUCGGGGAUUGGCCGGUUCUAACUGGUUCCAACUGGAACUCAGCGGCCUUUGACCUCCACAGACAACUAGCCUUGAUCUCUGUGUUAAAUGACGAAUCCAUUCUUCUCCGGCUUGUUGUUUUUGCUGACCCCAAACACUCGGAAGUUAAUAUAAUUCAGAUAGAUCAACCAGAACUGGGCAUGCCCAGUCGGGAUUACUACCUCAAAGGUCGAGAUGAUGCAGUAGUUAAGACCUAUGAAGAUUUUGCUCGUCAAGUGGCCAUAUUUCUUGGUGCAGAACCUGAGAGAGCAGCCAGAGAGAUGAAACAAAUGGUAGACUUGGAGGUGGCCUUGGCAAAUAUCACCAUUCCUCAAGAUCAGCGCCGUGACAGCGAGGCCCUCUAUAACAAAAUGACUGUUGGAGAAUUAGCAGAUAACAUCACGGGGUUUGACUGGAGACAAUACCUGAACCUCCUCUUCAAUGAGGCCAACAUGACGAUAGAGGAUAGUGAAGAAGUGGUUGUAUAUGCUCCACAAUACUUGAUAGGCCUUAUGAACAUCCUGGAGGAGACAGACAACAGAACCUUGGCUAAUUACCUGAUCUGGAGGAUCAUGAUGAACCGAGUCAACAACUUACCUGAGAAGUACCGAAGUGUGAAGAAGGAAUACAACAAGGUGAUAUUUGGUUCAAAAGCUGAGCGUGCGAGAUGGAGAGACUGUGUCACAUUUGUGAAUGACAACAUGGGCAAUGCUGUGGGCAGACUAUUUAUUGAGGAACACUUUGAUGAAGGCGCCAAGCACAGUGCUUUGGAUAUGAUAGCCCACAUUCGACACUCAUUCUACGAGCUGCUGGAAGAAGUGACAUGGAUGAAUGAUGAAACUAGGCGUGUUGCUAAAGAUAAGGCUGAAGCCAUAUCUGAGAAAAUUGGCUUUCCAGAGUAUAUCAAGAACAACACAGCGUUGGAUUAUGACUUUGGAGAUUUGGAAUUUGAUCCGAAUAAAUACUUUGAAAAUAUUCUGGCAAAUAUCAAAAGCAUGGCUCUUAAUAAUCUGAAGAAACUACGAGAACCAGUGGACAGAACCCGAUGGUCAACAACCCCAGCCGUGGUAAAUGCCUUCUAUAGCUCACCAAAAAAUCAGAUCAUGUUUCCAGCUGGCAUUCUUCAGCCUCCGUUUUACAGUAAAGGUUAUCCCAAGUCACUGAACUUUGGUGGCAUUGGCAUGGUAAUCGGCCAUGAGAUUACCCAUGGUUUUGAUGACAGAGGCCGUCAGUUUGACAAGAAUGGUAACUUGAAGCAGUGGUGGUCGAAUGAGGUCAUAGAGAGGUUCAAAGACGCCGCUCAGUGUAUCGUUGAUCAGUACAGUAACUUCACCCUGGAAGAAGUUGGCAUGAAUUUGAACGGAAUUCAAACCCAGGGAGAGAACAUUGCUGAUAAUGGUGGACUAAAAGAAGCGUAUCGGGCAUAUUCCAACUGGGUGAAGAAUGAGAGAGAUGGUCAGGAAGAACCCAGGCUGCCGGGACUAGAGAACUUCAGUCAUGAACAACUCUUUUUCCUGAAUUUUGCACAGGUUUGGUGUGGAACAAUUCGGCCACAGGAGGCUCUGAACCGAAUCAGAACAGGGGUGCACAGUCCAGGCAGAUUCAGGGUGAUUGGAACACUGCAAAAUUCAAGGGACUUCUCGUCAGCUUUCAAUUGUGAAGUCGGAUCACACAUGAACCCAGCCAAGAAAUGCUCAGUUUGGUGAAGAAUCACAAGCAUCUUCAGAAACCAUCUGCUUGAACACCUCUUGGUACUUUGGGAAGAAAGACUUACCAUAAUGUGGUGUCUGCUGAGUGACGGACUGACGGACAACAUCACACAGGAGAAGAAUGUGACAUAUAUGUAGCUGUGGUUUCAGUGAAGAUUUUGAGGAGUCUGUUCCAGUUAAGCUGUCAGACUAUAACUGGCUGUGAACAUUAAGGCUUCAGCCACCAUUAUAGAAAUUUGGACGUAUAACAAUCAACCAUUGACUGAGCAAAUGUCAUGCAUUAUGUGAGUUUGAAGACAAAUGCAGACAUAGAUACAGAUGAUGCCAAAGAAUGUGUAUUUAUGAAUGUAUAUGAAUUCCCAAACUUAUUGUCUUUAUGAUGUUGAUAGCUGCGUCAGUAACUGCAUUAAUGCAGUUGUUUGUUGAUUUAAUAUGGCUAUCAGAAUGCCUUUUGAUAUUAAUUCCCCUUCAUGGGUUUUUGGUGUAAGCUUACAUGAAAUCCUGUGGCUGAAUCAUACUUGCAUACCAGUACCACAAGUUUGUUACCUAGAAGUAUGCAACUUCCCUACUGCUAGUUUCCAUUGCACUUUACACUUUUCUUCCAUCUCUAACACAGCCAGUCAUCUAAUGUUUGAGAAACAACUGAUGCAUGGUGGGAUCCAAACGCGGUCGUGUUGAAAUUUAUGACUUCGGAGAGUUUUGUUGAAGGACAAUAAUGUCUUUGAUAGUAAUUGUUUUAGAUUUGCUUGGAAAUAUAAUAAUAGUUAAUGGGUUUAUAACUGCAUACCUACAACGUUUAUCGAAAUCAUAGUUUAUAAGCACGGAGUUUUUAAGGUGUGGCCUGUUCUUGUAGCAGCUGUUUACAGUUAGAUUUCCCAUGAUUCAGUUCACAAUUUCCACCCAAGAGGUUGGCAUAUUUCUCCACCAGGUGGCAGGAGCAUCUGCAGAUGAGGUAACAUCUGUACUGUGCCAUGGAGACUAGCUGUAGGGAAGUUGCAUACUUCUAGGUAAUGGACUUCUCUCGUUACUUAAUACAAGUAUAGCUGUUAUGAAUGAGAAAACACACCUUCGUGUAUUGAAUACCGGUCCUAUUAACAAAGGCAUCAAGAGACAGUUAUAUCUAAAUAUGUCUUUGUCACAGUUUUUGAUCCCAUAAAUGUUGUAGUAAUAUAGAUUUUUUUAAGUAUACUGCAAAAGUUUCUAUGUAGAAUGGAAUAGUUUUGUUUGAAGUAAUGUUAGUCAGCACCAACUUCAUUCAAUAUGCUGUCACCCUUUACUGUCAUGUUUGAGGGGUAAAUAAGGGUUUAUGGUACUAAAUUCUCUCUACUCUACAACUGAGGGGUUUAAACACCCCCACUUGCUUUUGACUUUAGAAAAUGUCACCUAGAAUCACUAAAUGUGCUAAAAUCACAGAAUAUUUCAGGUGUUAUUCCUAAAGCAGUCACCUUGGUGUAAUGAAAGUAGUCAGUUGGUGCAGUAAAACCAGACCAGUAAUAUGAAUGCUUCCAAGGAAGUCUCUACCAUAUGUGCACAAAAUUACCAACAGCAUAGGUUCAACUAUCUUGCCAUUGACGAAUGAUGCCAUUGGUUGAGGAGAGAUAUGGAGGUCCACCCCUAAUUGUCUUCGUCCCAUCACCACAGCUUGGCCAGCACAAUUCCCAAAGAGCUUGUUAGUUAACAUAAUUUAGUUUUGUGUAAAUAGGUAUGUGAUUACAGAACAGGUAUAUGUGUAUAUUCUGAGGAAGGGCUUUGUUAGAUGCGGAUUGGGUGUUCCAGAUAGCUUUAUGUAUAUAAAGUCUUAGUUUCCUAUAUAUAUUUUUCCUCAAAAAUAUUUUAUAUUUUGAAAUCAAUAUGCUUUAUGCUAGUAGAAUCGCACUGCAGUUUGGUAGGUGUCUUUGUAUAAAAUCUGAGACAGGCUUGUAUACAUGUGUGCAAUUCCUUGUAUCUAAUACUAAAGUUUUUGCCUGAAUUUCAUGGCUUUCAAGUGUCAGUAAAUGGCGAAAGUUACACUUUUCAGCAUUUAGUUAGCAGAUAUUUAAAGCCUUAGUCACUUGUUCAACUCAUUUUUCUGUCAGGUGUUUUAUCCACAUGCUUAUUCUUUUCAGUUGUCACAUUUUAAAACUAAUUUUGUGAUUUUUUAUCAUUUUUUUUUUUGUUGUUUUUCGUUUCUCACAUCCCAGUUGCAGAACUAACAAUGUGUUACAGUAUGCUUUUGUUUUUGCAAAAUAAUCUUUCGCAACUCCACAUUCUGCUAUUUUGUACAUUGAUUUCUUUUGUAAAAAAUUGCCCUGUAUUUAUUGACAUUUCUUAAAAGUAGACGAAAUGUCCAUUGGAGUAUGUUCUGUUAGGAAUUAUGCAGUGAAGCACAGAUAGCUUUGGUUUUUCUCCUUUUUCUUUACGUUCCACAUUUUAGUCAGUUCCUUUAAAAUAAUAACAGAUUAGAUCCAUAACAUCUAGGAUUAUUUUAUAAUGUUUUCUUUCUUUCACUCACUUGUAGUAAAUUUAACAAUUUCAUGUUUACCUCAUUUUUAUGUAUAUUCAGUAAACACAUUUUUAAAGAAUAAAUCAUUGUGAAAAAUGAAUGUCUGGUAUAUAUAUAGAUAGAGGUAUGCGUUCACAUGUACAUCAGCUACUGGAAACACUGGGGAGCUGCUCUGGUUACAGUUCUUCUCCCCGUCACCUGUAACUUCCACAUCGCCACGAUGUGCCUGUCAUGUUACUCGUAUGGCCUAAACCCAUAAUCUUUCAUUCAUGUCCCCAAGUAGUUUAGAGCUCCCUCCUAGAGGGGCGUUGGCGACAACAAGUGGUCGAUGGCACUGGUGUGUGCGCAGUCGUGAACGACCACUUGUCUUCCACCAUGUGCUGAUCUCUACCCCACGUGUGGGAGAGUUUGUCAGUAUAACGCCCACAGGUCGAUGGGCACUUCAGUAUGGGCACUGGUUUUCUUCACCUAUAAAUCGUGCAAGUGAGGAAUUCAACAAUCAAAUAUGUAAAUAAAGUUUCCACCUUGUUUGAUCAUGGACCAGGUGUAAAGGAUGAGGGCUUGGAUGAAGUGUGAGUCAUACAGGACAGACACCUUCAUUUUCUUCCUCAUGGAACUGAA